CCUCUGUGAAUCAUGGGAAUCGUAGGAAAAUAUGGAGAUUCUAGCUAUGACAUGGCUGCCUUAAGUUUGAGGAUUUGCUUUUUACACUGCAACGUUGGCUACAACUGAAGGACCACAAGCAUUCUUAUCUCAGACCACCUCAGUACUUCAAGAUGCUGAAGAGAUGACUAGUUGCCACUAACCUAAAGGUUACUGACAGCAUGAAUUCUCCCUUCUUCACCUAGCCAUGUGAGAACUUGAAAAGAGCAAUCUCCACAUUUUAUUUUCAGCAAUGGCAGGGACUAGUGGUGAAAGUCAGCUACAGAGGAUUAUCCGGGAUAUGCAGGGUGCUGUGACAGAACUGAACAAAGAAUUUUUAGAAACAGGAGAACCAAUCACAGAUGACUGUAUCAUCUUGCAUAAGUUUUCCUAUAAACUUGAGUACCUCUUGCAGUUUGACCAGAAAGAAAAGUCCACCUUACUAGGCAAUCGGAAGGACUACUGGGAUUAUUUUUGUGACUGUCUGGCUAAGGUUAAAGGUGCAAAUGAUGGAAUUCGCUUUGUCAAGUCUAUUUCAGAACUCCGCACUUCCCUUGGUAAAGGCAGGGCAUUUAUCCGCUACUCCUUGGUGCACCAAAGGCUUGCAGACACUUUGCAGCAGUGUUUUAUGAAUACCAAAGUAACAAGUGACUGGUACUAUGCACGAAGUCCCUUCCUCAGUUCAAAACUGAGUUCUGAUAUUGUUGGUCACCUCUAUGAAUUAACAGAGAUUCAGUUUGAUUUGGCAUCAAGAGGCUAUGAUUUAGAUGCUGGUUGGCCCACGUUUGCCAGGAGAACGUUAUGUUUACUUGGCUCCUCGGCUUACCUGUGGAGGCCUCCAAGCCGCAGUUCAAGCAUGAGCAGUUUGGUGAGCAGCUCCAUGCAGGCUCAGGAGAACCCUUCCAGCCCAAAUGGGAAUAGUUUUUUAAACACCGAAUCUCUUGAAGGCCUCAGUGAGUUGCACAUAGAGCUUGAUCAGGCAGAGCUGCAGCGGAAGGAGCUACAGGAUCGAAUCCAGCAUUUGGAAGAAGAAAAGCAAGAACUUCAGGCAGCCGUUGGCCUUCAGAAGCAGCAAGUGCAAAUGGAAAGAGAGAAGAGCAGCAAUAUGGAAGAAGAGAAUGCGAGGCUAAGAAAAAUGCUAGGGGAGCUAGAAAAACAGAUCUCCCACUGUACUCAGGACACCAUUCAGGAUUUGCAGAAAUGUUUACAGACCCUAGAACUGAAUGCAGCUGAGAAGCAGAAAGAAUGCUCUGCAAGGCUCAAGAAUCUGGAGUCCUUGAAAAAGCCCCCUGAUUCCAAGAUCCUUCUUUUGAAUCAAGAGCUAGAGACCAUUGGGAUCAUGUUGGCCAAGAAAGACCUUGACCUUACUGCUAAGCUGAAAUCUGCAGAGCAGAAAAUUGAGGAGCUUGCAGCAAAAGCCAACAGUCUUAUGGAUGAAAAAGGUCACCAGACCACUAGCCAAUGUGAGUCUGUACUAAAGAUUGAGGAAUUAUUAAAAAAGCUUUGUUGGGCAGAAGAGGAGAAGGCUGAUGCUCAGAAGCUGCAUAGUGAACUUCUUUCUCAUCUUAAAAUUAUGGAAGAGCAGCUCCAUGUGAAAGAAGAGAAACAGAAAGAAUUUGAAUUGAAACUGAAAAGUCUCACUAUUAGCACCAAGGAAGAAUCUGAAAAAUUGCUUAUUAAUCUGAAAGCCAUGACCACUGAAAGGGCUGAACUUCAGAAAGAGCUAGCAGUGAAAGGCAAAAUGGUAGCUGAUUUUCAAAUCCAGCUGGCAGAUACAGUGGAUUGUGUAAAAUCAUUAGAAGAAAAGCUUCAGGAAGAAAAGAAAGAGAAGGCAGAACUUGAAAGGCUACUCAGUCAUACCAAAACAACAAUGGGACAAGAAAUAAAAAACUUGAUGGAGCAUCUUGAGUUGCUGGAAGUGCAGCUGGCAGAACUCAAUGACAUGGUGAAAAGUUCAGAAAAGCAGAAGGGGGAAAUUGUUCUGGAAAGAGACCACCUCAAGACAACAGUAGAGGAAAUGGAACAGCAGGUCACAAAACAAAGCUCCUCACUGAUAAAUUCCUGUGAAGAAAAUGAGAACCUCAAAUCCCAGAACACAAAACUGCAGCAAAUCUAUCAGAAGUUGGAAGAAAAGUGGAGAGAGUUAGAUGUAUCUAAAUCAUUUUUAGAAGGCGAAGUUGCCCGAUUAAGAGCUUCUGAGAAACAGCUCCAGAGUCAGAUGGAUGAUGCCAUGGUAUCUGUGGAUAAAAAGGAGGAGACACUUCAGGAAAAAAACAAGCUGUUGGAUGAAAACUUGCAAAAUGCUAUAAGACAGAACCAACUUCUAGAUGAAAAACUGAAGGCUCUGCAAGCUGAUUACCAAGAAUUGAAACAAAGUGAAAAAAGGACUGUGGAAUCCUUAAGUGUACUUCAAGCAGAGCUCCAGAAUACCAAAGAACAUGGCCUGCAGAUGGAAAAGAAUCUGUCAUCUUCAAGGCAGGGUGAAGAAUCUCUGAAGUUACAGCUCACAGAGAAAAUUGAGGCAUUAGAAGGCCUGGAGAGCCAGUGCAGUCAGCUUCAAGAACAAGCUGAGAGGUAUAGAAUUAAAGUCGAAACCCUUGAGGUGGACAAGGCAAACCUUGAGAAAAAUGGUCUGCGUCAGGAAAAGAUAAUUGAAUCUCUUACUUCCAAAAAGACUUCUGUAGAGAAAGCCCAAUUGGAAUUGGUAUCUUGUCAAGAGAGAGAAGCUAAAGAUUUGAUGUUAAGCCUGGCUGUUUCUGAGGAACAGCUGAAUAUCAGUCGGGCAGAGAUAUCUAGAUUCCAGGAGGAAAUUAUAGAAUAUCAGGCCAAGCUUCGGCAGACAGCUGCAGAGAAAGAAAACCUACAGGGCAAAUUGGAUGCCACAGAAACUGUUUUAAGUGAGCAAAAAUUACUGUCUCAGCAGCUGAAAGAGCAAAGUGAAACACUCAACAGAAACCAUGUGCAGGAACUGCUUCAGCGUAAAGAAGAAGAGGAAAUGCUGAAAAAUGAGCAGAAAAAAGUAGCCCAACAGAAGGCUGAACUGGAAAAGAACUUGACAGAUGAAUUGUUCAAGGUCAAGAGUGAUUUGGAAGUUGUUAAUAUGGAAAACAUGGAAAUCAAGGACCUUCUCCAAAGAACCAACACGGACAUGGCUGAGCUGGGUAUUCAGAUUUGCUCUCUGACAUCUGAAAAGAUGGAAGUAGAAGAGAAGCUGUCCCAAGUCACAGAGGAGCUCAGAGCUACCAAAGAAAUAGCAAUCAAAGAACAAGAGAGGCUGCAACUUGAGUUUUUAAGAUUCAGUAAGGAGAAGCAAGAACUACAAGAGAAAUUGGAAGAUUCAAAGGUUUGUGCUGCCAUUGUACCUGACCUGCAAAAUCAGCUGGAAUUGGCAGAGAAACAAACCAAGAGUUGGCAAGAAACCAGCAAAGAAGAGCUAGCUACUGUCAAAUUUCAACUGAGCACAGAAAUUCUAAACUACCAGACAAAAUUUAAGGCUCUCAGUGAAGAAUGUGAAAAAGUAAAAGAAGAACUUGAAGAGCAGAGCCGACAAGCAAAUGCUACAGAGGAAGCACUCAAGGAGAUGCAGGCUGAGAAAAGAGACCUGUAUGCAAAACUGAACCUUUCCCUGGAUCAAGUGACUGAGUACAAAGCAGCCCAGCAAAAAAAAGAUGAAGAAAUUACAGAACUUAAAGAAGAUUUUAAAAGGGCUCAGAGAGAAGUCAACAAAACAAAUGAGCAAAUUCAAGACUACUGUGGUAAAUUCAACGAGAUGAAAUCGGAGCGAAACAACAAUGAGGCAAAAUUACUGGCUGAACUGGAUGACUUAACUAGGACAAAGCAGUUCCUGGAAGAACGGUUAAUUGAACUUCUUAGGGACAAGGAUGCUCUUUGGCAGAAAUCAGAUGCUCUGGAAUUCCAACAGAAGCUCACAGCAGAGCAAAGAUGGCUUGGUGAUGCAGAAGUCACCAACUGCUUAGACUGUCAAAAAGAAUUUGGCUGGAUGAAUCGCCGACAUCAUUGCAGAAUGUGUGGACGCAUUUUCUGCUAUUACUGCUGCAACAACUAUGCCUUUUCAAAGCAAACUGGGAAGAAAGAACGCUGUUGUCGAGCUUGUUUUAAAAAACUGAGUGUCAAUCCCAUUGAUUCUGAAUUAAAUAUUACUCCAGAAGAAUCAUCAUCAAGUCUGCUGGCCUCACCAUUGUCCCUGAUCCAUAAAAUUUUGGUUACAAACGAAGCCCCUAAAUCCACAGAUGAUGCAGUGUUCGAUAUAAUAACAGACGAGGAAGUGGGCCAGUUACAGGAAGGUGACUCUGUUCACAACAAAAGCCAAACUGAAGAAGAAUCUCUGGACCAUGGUGUGCCUGAUCUAAACAGCACCUAUAGCUCCUCAACUUUCAAUGAAUCUGAUGAUUUGCAAAUGACCCAAGAUGCAGAGAUCUGUUUGCUGAAGUCAGGAGAAUUGAUGCUAAAGCUGCCUUUUACAGUGGAGGAGAUUUUAAAGUUUGGAGAAGGUACCAGAGAACUGUUCAUUAAGUCAAGUACUUACAGCAUUAUUCCAAUCACUGUGGAUGAGACUGGCCUUACAGUAAGUUGGGUGUUUUCAUCAGACCCAAAGAGCAUAUCAUUCAGUGUGGUGUACAAGCAGUCAGAAGAAACCUCUCUGGAUCAAUGUAAAGUUCUUAUUCCUAUGACUCGCUGCAACUCCCAUAAGGAAACCAUCAGGGGGAAUGUAAAAGUCCGAAAUGCUGGAAUCUACAUACUUAUUUUUGACAACACCUUCUCUAGGUUUAUCUCAAAAAAAGUAUUUUUCCACUUAUCUGUUCAACGGCCAGUGGUUUAUGAUGGAAGCGAUUUUCCAUAGUUUUUUGUGUAUGAAUUACCUUGCAAGAAACACUAUUAUUUUUAUAUGAGUGUGAGUGUGGGUGUGCGUGGGUGUGUCUGUGUGUAUAGACACACAAACAUAUAUAUAUAUAUAUAUAUAUAUACACGAAGCACUAAAAUCACAGAAGGAUAUGAAAUCCUCCUAGAGUUAUGCAAUAAUUCAGAAACCAUAGUUAAAUAUAUGUGCAUACAGAAAAAAACAUAGCUUCCAUGAGAGCAAUUAUAAUUCUGGACUGUGUGCCAAUUAUUGACAAGCCAUUUUGUUUGUUUAUUAAACAGACAAUAUAGUUAUAUUCUGCUGCAUUUGAUACCAAAAAUGGUUCUGAAUACAUACUUUUAAAGGGCUAAGAAUAGGAUAUUUAUUUUAAAAUUUAGAACGUUUGACAUAAGUAUAACACUAAGUGUUGUUGCUUAUAUUGCUUAGGAGAG